AUGGAGUUCGACCGUACCGAAGUCCAAGUGCCUCUCUCUCUCCCGCUUUCUCCGGGCCCUAUCUCUGCGCUCUCACCGCUGCCCACUCCACUUGCCAAGCGCUCGCUCGAUGUGUGGUUUGAAGAUGGGACGCUCAUUCUUGAGGCAGAGGGCACGUUGUUUAAAGUCUUCCGCGGUAUUCUCGCGGCAAACUCGACGGUGUUCAACGAUAUGCUUGUUGUGGGGAGCUAUGCGGAGGAGGAGACGGUGGACGGGUGUCCUGUUGUGAGGGUGUAUGACGCCGCUGUCGACCUUAUGCAUUUUUUGAAAGCGUUGCACCAUGUCGGAUACUACAAUCCGCCAGAAACGACCUCGUUCACCCUCAUUGCGGCAGUCUUGCGACUCAGCACUAAGUACAAUGUCGAUUUUCUGCGACGACGGGCUUUGGCACACAUCUCCUCGCUUUACCCCACCACGCUGCAAGACUGGGAGCAAAGAAGGGACAACGCUAUCGAGGUCUUCAAUGCCCGACCGUUCGCCGUAUUCCAGCUUGCAAAAGAGACCGGUCACGAAGCGUUGUUGCCUGCGUGCAUGUAUCUAUGUGCCGACACAGUCGACAUCAACGAUAUCCUUGACGGCCUCAAGAGCAUCGACGGGAAACAUAUCGAGCUUGACUGGCUGGACAAACGCGCUUGCAUCCGGGGCCGCCAAAAUCUGCUUCUUGCGCUACGAGCAGAGGUAUUUGGCUUCCUCACUGGCACACUCAAGAUCCCCAACUGCACCAACACCGCGCGCUGCGACAGCGCCAAGCUGCGCUGGCUGCAAAGUCUCGAAGCCAGCUUAGGCAACGGGUGUCCCGGGAUAUUCUCCAUCAAGUUCCCGUGGUCGUCGUUCCGCAAGGCCAUCUGCGAGGUGUGCUAUACGGCCUCUUAUCAAGAUUCGAUGCAUCACCGUCAGACGAUAUGGGACAACCUCCCGUCCUAUUUCGACAUGCCGCCAUGGGAGGAGCUCGUCAAAUCAACUUAG